CCAUGUCCAAUAUUGCGGCGAUGCUGGUUCAACGUGCCGUACUUUGCUUCCAACAUGGCAGUGUAGUGCCUGCUCGAAUACCUCAAGAUAUGUUGGAGACGUGCAGGUUAGCAGAAAACAGAACUAGAGCAAGACCGGAACAUCGCUUAGGCCACUGAUGACACGGCCAACAGUCUUUUGUCUCUACUGAGCGCGAUGAUGAUCACCCGACUGUGAACUCAAAGACGAGGAGCCAUGCCGUCCCGUCGCUCGGCUUGUGCCAACGGCAACAUGGGCUGGACGAGUCCAGGUCUGUUACGCCUCGAUGACUAUAAGUGCCAUUGCGCUGUCUGGCGUUUCCGACCAUCACCUCGUUCAUCGGCACUCACCUGCACUCAUUGCUGCCGUCGAGACUUCUCUUACACUUUCAGUUCUCUGCUUCAGACGGACAUGUCCCAGCUACCGGCCCAGCCAUCGUGUAGGCCACCGGGUCACUUGUCAGACGAAGGAAACCUUGCCUAUCAACAACCCACUGCCGCAGGCUCGUCGAAGUCAGCUAAGGUCUCGUCAGAGUCUGCCCAACGUGGCUCUCAAUAUCUCCGCAAUAGCCCAGCGGGCAUGAAUGCUCAGUCCGCCGUUACAGGUCUGCGACGAUCGCCUGCAUCACCUGACGCAAUUGACAUCGAUCGCCUCCUGGCUCAGCUUCAAGACUCAACAACAGAGCCGUCCUCGAGGCAUGCAAGAGAAGCCCAACUCAGCCCCGGCUCAGGACAGACCGGAAACAGAUCUCUCGAAAAUCGCAUGCUGUCUGGCGUACAAUCAGAUUUGCCCAUGCACAGCAUUGCAGAACGACUAGAACGACUGAAGAAGGGUCUCUGCAGACUCGAAGAGGCCAAAGAAUUCCAACGAAAAAAAGUUGGCGCCACGAACAACCAACUCGGGCGUAUCAACGAGGAUGUGAGAAAAAUCAAGACGUCUAUAGACUCGUUGAUGCCGCCACUUCCAUUCGCUGGGAACAGUUUUGGGGACGGAACCCAAUGAAGGACGACAAUCUCGGUCCGAA